GUGUUGAUCAGAACUCCCUCAAAUGUCAAAAUGUUGGCACGCUGUAGUAUUGCAAAACAGAGCGUUCUCUGCCACACGUGUUGUUUCCACGCAACGCUUAUAAAUUACGAAAUAAGCUCCGAGUCUUAUAGAAAUCCAGAGUAAGAUAUGAAACGUCAUUAUUAUGGUACUGGGGAGCAGGAGGUAGAGAGUUCUCCAAGUCCGCCGCCGCCUCCGCCUUUCCAAUCGCCAUUAUCAUCGCCAGAGCCUUUGCAGACUCCGACUGAAUAUCCCAUUUUGUACGUGGAUGUGGUAAAGAAUCAGCUCAAACAGGAGUUGCCGCCGUCCGCAACACCGCCCCAACCACUUGCGCCGGAGUUCAGAAUCAUUUGCGAAGAUUUUCCGGCUCUGCCAGGAUCAUUGCCAUCCGCACUACCAUCGACAUCGAGAUCUGGGCAACGGUCCGACAACUGGACCGCCAUGUUGAGCGUCAGGGAGCAGGACAAUUUGGCCAAAUAUCGAGAUACAGUUAAGUCCAGUGAUCCGUGUGUCAAUACAAGCGGUAACGAGGUGCUCCGUCAGCCAAUCAAUGCUCCCGAGAAGCGCCAGAAUAUGGAGUUGCUGCCCCAGGUGUACGGAUAUCUCGGCAAUCAGUUUCGCUUAAAUUUGAGCAUGAUAUUUAACAAGCAAUUCCUCUUCGAAGGCGUCAGGCAGAGGGCCAUAAAUGCCCAGAAGAGGGCUGCCCUGGCAAAACCAAAAAUCAAUCCUCCACCCGGAUUCGAGAAUUGCAAAAUCUUUGCCCGCUUGAUAACCAACAGCGCUGGUAUGCCAGUGGGUGGAGUCACCUUUGAGCUGGGCUCUCCCACUUCUGAUACGAAUGGGAAUAUGGGGACGAAAUCUUCGGGCUCCACCGUUCAGGGAGCCUUUGGGAUCUUGGGACUGGCCAAGAAACUGCGAUCGAUCAAUCGGAACCCGCUUCUAUUCGGAAAUAAUGUGUCCCACAAUAUGAGUGGAACCGCGGACUCGAUCUUUACCAGGCCAAUUCAAGAAGACCGUUUGACUCCUCAAGAGAUGAACUACCAAUUGCCAUUGAACUACCUGUUCAAUGCAAAUAUGCACCUACAGGAGCCCAAAAUCGAGGAAAUGCAAGAUGAGCUCCUAUUUUUCUUCUUCUACACAUAUACUGGCGACAUGAUGCAGAUGCUCGCGGCUGCUGAACUGGCGGAACGUGGAUGGCGCUAUCACAAGUUUGAACGUGUCUGGCUCAUUCGCCAGGCGGACAAUCCCAACUACUUAUAUCACGGAUUCCGGGAGUUCGGAGAGUACAACUACUUCAACAUGUGGCAGUGGAAGAUCCUGCCACGACACUUUUACCUGGAUCCCGAGAUCCUGGAGCGCACUCUAUCCAAGGAAGAGCUGUACGUGACGUACGGAUACCAUCCCCAGAUGUCGGGUAUUUAGAAGAACAGAGAAGCUCUAUUGUCAUCAAUUCCCUGGCUAUUCGGGUUUAAAAAUUCGCUCUGACGCU